UAAUUGAACUAACUGUUUACUACACUCAGGCAGCAGAUUCUCCACACUUCCACAACUAAUUCCUCGCUCAUUCGGUGGAUUGUAUUAUGAGUCUUUCAAAAGAAUUUAAUGCAUUCUCAUUAGCUGACUGCCCACUUCAAUGGGAAUGAAGUUGACCAUUGCAUAUCAAAGCUGCGUUAGAGUUGACAUACCAAAAAUAAGAAUGUUCACCGCCCUUUUUUUAUAAAGUCAUCAUCCUUUGCUUGUUUAUAGCUCAGAUCUGAAAGGUACAGACCAUUUUUAGGAAUAAAACCAAGUGAUUAAUACAAAAUGACUAAAUAGCAAAACAUAUAGCAAAUAGCAGUCAUUUGUAUUAAAUUAUCCUGCGUAUAUGCUAUAUGGCUGUUGUGGACGAAUGUUGUUUCUGCUUGGAAAUCGUAUAUUUAACUGUAUGGUAUCCUUUUCCAAAAUGGCAUUUUCAAAAUAAUGAAGCAUCCGUUUAAAAAUAAUUUGUUUAUUUUUACAUAAACAGUCUAGAAAUAUCUGCAAGGAUAUUGCUAUAACUUUAGGUGACUAACAGAAAAACAGUCUUGUUACUAUUUGGCCUAUUAAAGGUUGUCUAUUAUGCAAAUCCACUUUUUCAUGUCUUUUACACAUGAGCAUGUGUAAAGAGAUUCGCUCACUUUGUGUCCUGAUCCAUUUAUAUAAAAACCUGAAAAUGAGCUGAUAAAAUGUUGGCCACUUUAUGUCAUACGAUUUUUGGGCUUGUGUAACCAUUAGCGAAUAACCAACCACCAACACCUUGUAACACCUUAUCACCUGAAUCUCCUCCUAGAGCACCAUUUUGUUAUUUUUAACCAAAUAUCUCUCAGGGGCGUGGGGAGUGGCUACUUAUUUUCAUCUAAAGUAACACAGAGAAUCAGCACUUUUGAAACAGGGGAUUAUGGGAUUUGUUUGGUAUUUCGAAAAUAACCCUUCAGAGACAUGUUUUGUAUAUAUCUGAGACCUAUAAUAUAUUGAUGAAAAACAGUAUAAUAGGAGACCGUUAAAGGAAAGUUAACACAUAUGACUUAAAUACCACUAUUUUUCAUCCCCUAUAACUCUACUGAGAUAUUCAGAAAAUCAUCCUCAAAUGAUGAUUUGACAUAUACCUGUGAAUUUAAGCUUGAGUGGAGUCCUGGAAGCUGGUUGAUCUCUUAGGUGAUUUGCUUGACUUCAGACCUGCUUUCAAUUCAAACUGAUUAGGCCUACAAGCUCCGCCUCCAUCUGCCGACCUACAUGUGGGUGAAAUAAGUCAUUUCAAAGGGCCCAUUUUCCUGUCUAUCGUCUUCCAAAAAUACAUUUGGCUAAAUCUUCAUGUUUGUAGAAAAGUGAUCACCACUUUGUUCAGUACAUUAGGCUUGUUAGAGCUGCUUUGUCUCAAAAUGAGUACAGUUAAUGUAACCAAUGUAGACAGCGAAUAUAUGCAAACUGGUGACAUGGACAUGACUUAUAUUUCAACUUCAUCCCAGCAGACUGAGCUGCCAGGUGGAGCUGAGCAGCAGACCAUGAGAGUUUACCUCAGAGUCAGACCUUUCUCUAAAGAGGAACUCUCUGACAAGGAGGAUCAGGACUGUGUAGGGAUUGAAAACAGCCAGACUGUGACACUGAAUGCACCAAAGGGUUCUGCCAACAUGAAGAGCAGUGAAAAGGGCAUUGGCAUGUCGCUGCACAAAUUCUCCUUCUCACAGAUUUUUGGGCCAGAAAUGAUGCAGUCUGAGAUAUUUGAGGCCACAGUCAAAAGCCAGAUGUCUGAUUUCUUGGAUGGGAAGAAUGCACUGCUAUUCAGUUAUGGUGUAACAAAUGCUGGGAAAACCUACACAAUCCAAGGAACUCCAAAACAGCCGGGAAUACUCCCUCGGGUGCUGGAUGCCACCUUUCAGUACAUAGGAGGCCAUCUGUAUGAUGGGAUGGACCUGAAGCCCUACCUCAGGAAUGAUGCCCAAUAUCUGGACCCUGACCAAGUCAAGCAGGAGAAGAGUGCUAAAGCGGCCAUUUUUGCUUCAGUCAAAGAAGAGUGUGAACCUCUUAGAUCCAGCGGUUUAGAGUCCUGCUCUGCGUUGACAAGCAACCCACCAGAAGCAGACAGCAGCCAGUUUGCAUUAUGGGUAGCAUUCUUUGAAAUCUACAAUGAGUGUGUGUAUGAUCUGCUUCAAGCUUCCCUGUGCUCCAAGUCUAAGAAACGGUCUUCUCUUCGAGUGUGCGACGAUGGUGCUGGAAAUUGUUAUGUCAAAGAUCUCAGGUGGAUAAACAUCCUCACCCUGGAUGAAGCUUCCAAAGUAUUACAGUUUGGAAACAAAAACAGAAGUGCCGCAGCCACAAAGUUGAACCAGUCAUCCAGCAGAAGCCACAGCAUAUUUACCAUAAAGUUACUGAAGAUCGAGGACAGUACAGUUACACGGAUCUCAGAGUUUUCUCUGUGUGACCUGGCUGGCUCUGAAAGAUGCAACAAAACCAAGACAUUUGGCGAGAGGCUGAAGGAGGCAGGGAACAUCAACAACUCCCUGCUUAUUCUGGGGAAGUGCCUCACUGCUCUACGCAACAAUCAGACUGAGGGAAUGAAGAACAGCUACAUCCCUUUCAGAGAGAGUAAGCUAACCAAGCUCUUCCAGGCCGUGUUCUGCGGCAAAGGAAGAGCGUCCAUGAUCGUGAACAUUAACCAGUGUGCUUCCACCUACGAUGAGACUCUCCAUGUUAUGAAAUUCUCUGCUGUUGCCAAACAGGUGGUGCAGGUGAUCCCAGACAAGCCUCUGAAAUCUCUUGCCCCUUGUUUAGUUGGCCGUGAUGGCAAGCCCCUGGUGAAGAAUGGGGUGAUAGACACCCAGGCCCUGGAGAGCUUCCUAUCUGAGGAGGAGCUGCUGGACGAGGAAGACGAGGCAAACAUGUCUUUGGCGACGGAGAAUGAGCUUGCAAAUAUGAUUGAGAGCCUGCGAACAAAACUACUAGCAGAGCGAAAAAGAAACCUUGUUCAGGAAAUGGAGAUCCGAAAUGAAAUGGGGGAUGCUAUGUUACAGCAGCUCAUGGAGAGUGAGGAACUCCGCAGUCGACAGAUAGAAGAGCUGAAGGAGAGCUUUGAAGAAAAGCUGGAGAACACUUUUGAGAUUUACAAGGAUGCUAUCAGAGAGCAUGCCUACCAGAGUGCGAUGAACAAUCUGGAAGAUGACUACGUACCUUUUGAUGAGUUUACUGCUGAACAGGAUAAAGUAGAGACCCUGAAGCGCAAAGUUUCUGAGUUGGAGGGUUUAACGUCCAGUAUCGGAGGAUUGUGUGCAUUUCCAACAGUGGACCAGUCGUGCCAGACUCAUCCAUAUAAAUCGACAGAAGCAGCAGGGGAUGAUCGAUGCAAACAUCUCUACAAAGAAAAAUGUGCCAUUGACAGCAUUUGUGAGGAUAAACAACAGUUGAUCCUUUGCCUAGAGAAAAGGCUGAAGGAUAUCAAUGUAACACUUCAGAACACCAGAGAUGCCUACCUGGAGAAAUCGUCUGAAUUGGAUGAUUUACAGAGAACGUCCAAGGAUCAGACCGAAUCAAUGGAGGAAAUUCUAUGGCAGAACGUUGAAAAGGAUCGGGAGAUCGCCUCACUGAAAUCAGAACUGGCGAAGCUUUCCCAGAAUUCCCAUAUGCAGCUCAGACCCAAAAGAGGCCUGCUCGCCAACAUCAGGGACGCUGUGACUUCUCCACGAAAGACUUCAACUACCCAAACGCCGAGAAAAACUGCACACCCCUAAAAAGCCCAGUAUCUGGAUACAGAUUUUAUAAUUUGGGUUUUAAAAAACUAUACAUGGACAGCUUUAGGGUACCUGGAAAGGAAACGGCAAGCAUAACAUUAUUUU